AUGUGUCGUUUUUUCCAUAGCACAGAAACUUUUCAACUUCAGCUCGGAGAAUCAUGGGUAUUACUUGCCACCUUUUUAUUUCGUGAAGAAAAUAUAAAACUUCUGUAUCUAGAAAGCCUCAUGAAAUUCGUUGAGAUUUCUGGUCACCUUAUGACUUAUAGAAGUUUAGGAUACCUCACUGAUAAAAAUGGCGAGGUAGGAAUGGACUCGAUAUCACGAGUUAGAAUUUAA